UGUAAGAGUUCUUUGUAUAUUCUGGAUAUUAAACUCUCAUCAGACACAUGUUUUGCAAAUAUUUUCUCCCAUCCGGUAUGUUGUCUUUUCACAUUCUUGAUAAUGCCCUUUGAAGCACAAAAGUUUUUAAAAAAUAAUGUUGUUAUGAUUCAUGAGUUCCCAUCACUGUGUUUGUUGUCUAGGAGACAGCUGUUGUAAUCCCUUAAGCAUGGGUGCUAUCAAAAAAAUGGUUGAGCAGAAAAUACCUGGAAUUUACGUCUUAUCUCUAGAGAUUGGGAAAACCAUGAUAGAGGAUGUGGAGAACAGCUUCUUCUUGAAUGUCAAUUCCCAAGUAACAUCAGUGUGUCAGAUUCUUGCUAAGGAUCCUAAAUUGCAGCAAGGCUACAAUGCUAUGGGAUUCUCCCAGGGAGGCCAAUUUCUGAGAGCAGUGGCUCAGAGAUGUCCCUCACCUCCCAUGAUCAAUCUGAUCUCAAUUGGGGGACAACAUCAAGGUGUUUUUGGACUCCCUCGGUGCCCAGGAGAGAGCUCUCACAUCUGUGACUUGAUCAGAAAAACACUGAAUUCUGGGGCUUACAACAAAGCUAUUCAAGAACACCUGGUGCAAGCAGAAUACUGGCACGACCCCAUAAAGGAGGACAUGUACCGCAACCGCAGCAUCUUCUUGGCAGAUAUUAAUCAGGAGAGAGGUGUCAAUGAGUCCUACAAGAAAAACCUGAUGGCCCUGAAGAAGUUUGUGAUGGUGAAAUUCCUCAAUGAUUCUAUCGUGGACCCUGUGGAUUCUGAGUGGUUUGGAUUUUACAGAAGUGGUCAAGACAAGGAAACCAUUCCCUUACAGAAGACCACUCUAUACACACAGGACCGCCUGGGGCUAAAAGAAAUGGACAAUGCAGGACAACUAGUAUUCCUGGCUGUACAAGGGGACCAUCUUCAACUGUCUGAAGAAUGGUUUUAUGCCAACAUCAUACCCUUCCUUAAGUAAAACCUUUGCUAUUUGCACCAGAGCUCAGGGAGCCCUCAGCACUUCCAAACCAGUGAACUGUUCCCUUCAUGCCCAAGCCUGAGCACAGAUCCAGCUUGCAACUAACCCUUCUCUCUAGUCGUCAUCUAGCAUGGCCCACUCGGAAAGAUCUAAGAUCCAAAUCUUAUCCUUUGCCUCAUCCUAUCAGCAUAUGGUGUUGAAUGCAAGUUUAAUUAGUUGUUAACCACGGAGAUUAUUUUACAACCAUUUGAUGUAGUCAGGCUGUCUUAGGAAACAGUCUGCUGCAAGUCAGUGCCAGAACUGUGCCCAGCCCAGAAGAGACUGCAUAAACUAAAGCAAUGACAUAGAUUCUAAGGGCAAACAGAUUCUUUCUCACAUAAAUCUAGCCACAUUUCAAGCCAAGAGGCCAAUACCCAGGCCUGAGGUAUUCACAUAAAUGCUUCCUCAGUUUUGCUGGUGGAGCUUUAACAGUGCUUGGAAGAGUAUUGCUUGGAUGAUGCUGCAUAAUGAGCUGCCCUCCUCUCUGAAUGUUUUCUGUGGAGUCUUAACAAUUAGACCAAUUCCGCUAGCCCACCAUCUUGCUUCAGUUGCACGCUAUCUCCUCAGAUAGCGAUAAAUUAGUUGUUCUGUCACAGGAGGAGGGAAGUAACACCCAGUUGGAUUGCUUAAGGCAGGAAGUGUACAUAUUGCUUAACUUAGACCGGGGGCAGGGGGAUGUUAAGAAAAAUGUAGAAAUGGAAAUGAAAACUGAGGAGGUAGGUGGCUGGUUUUUUCCAUUCCAUCCUUGAUUGUCCUUAAUAUGACUAAUGGUCUGGAUUCCAAAGUCACUCUGUUACUGGCAUUAGCAGAGAAUGGGAGGAAAAAUAUGAAAAGAUCAGGCUAAUUUCCAUCACAAAAAAUAUUUACCAGUACUAUCCAAACUUGUUUCUGAUGUGUUCUGUGAAUAAAAAUGUUUGCUCAAAAAGCUUGGGGAAUAUGGCACACCCCUUUUCUCCUCUUGGAGAUCAACCCAUAUUAGAAUAUUAAGAACUGAGAAUUCCUGUUACGGUAAAGAAAACUAACCUUAAUCUACCACAUCCCACCCUAUCUGAGCAUGGACGUGUUAACCCCUACUCCCCUGCCCAUGAAAACUUAACACUGUUUUGGGAGACUUGUGCAGAAUGCCUGUUUGGGGAAAUGAUUAGCUAUGCAUGAGAGAAGUAAGUACCUAGCUAGUGCUGUAAAGUUUAUACCCUUUAUGAUUUUUCCUUCACCUCUCAAGCCUUAUUUUUCAACUAAAAGAUGAGGCUUCGGGGCAAGAAGUGGGGUGAUGUGAAAAGAAUUGUAUGAGGUUGUAUAAAAUAAAGAGCUUCUUAUCCUUUG